AUGGUCUCUUUAGCUCAAUUGUUGGAGCCGGAGCUGCCUUUGGGUCAGCAAUUCACACUGUCCAACAUACACACUGUCCCAAAACUGAGUAAGCCUUUGGUUCAGAAGCCAGAACGGCCUGAAACGGUUAAAAUCAUUCAUCUGAUCACUUUGUUCCACAACGAGGUUUCUGUUCUGGCAGCAGAGAUCUAUGUGUAUUUGACACUCGAUAAAACACUCAAGAGGACAAUCUAUGUGUCCAAAGUUGACACGACCGGACUGAGCAACAUCCGAGUCGGUAGAGUCAUACAGAAGAUCUUGCACUGGAUCUUUGGAUAUCCUAUCAAGCGGUAUCUCAAGGAACUUCGGGUUAAAAAGCAUUACGAGACGAUCCUGAAGGAACACGCUCCGUUCAAAUCACCUCUUCAAAGAUCGCUGCAUAUCUUAAUUGAGAGAGCCAAAGGUGAUAAAAAUUACGGUAUUCCUAGAAUGAUUGAUUCCGAGACAUACAAAGUUCCCGAUGCAUUUCUUGUCAUGAACAAUAACCAAAUAGUUACGGAGCUUGUGCUGUUUACUCGUGCAGAGCAUGAAUACUUGUUUCCGAACUCCCAUAAAAAUAGUGGAAAACAUAUGCUUGAUGAUGGCCAGCUACUCAAAUGGUGGCUAAAGACGAUUAACUCCGCAAUCAAAGAGAGCUUUGAGACAAGCGAACAGUAUGUCAAUGUGCUGAACUCUGAGCCAAGGGAAAUUGCACGAUUUUUUCCUGGUCAGGAUUGGAAAAUUGGUAGCAUUUAUUCUAAGCAGGAACAUCUUGACAAUUUGGCGGUCUACAACGUGCCAUUGCUGCCUGACGAUCCAAAAGGAAGAUUUCUGGAGCAUCUUGUGGUGGAGAAUCGGAUCAAGUCGGUCAACCUGAAGCAGUUCUGGACCGAGCUAGCUAUCAGACAAGAGUUCAGAUUAGGACGCAUUGUUGGACUAAUCAGCGUGGAAGGGAUAAGUAAAUCUCCGGAAAUUGAAGAUGGGGAUAUCGUCAAGCGCAGGGAUUUUGAAACUACGAGGAAGAUCCUCACAGAGACCGAUUACAACGACGCGGAAGAAGUCAAGACAGUUUUGGAGAGAUUGCAAGAUUUGGAGCUACAUUUUGAAAAACUCACGGGAAAGUACUAUGCGUCGACCAAUUCGGCAACAAACACAGACAGCCUAAAGAGACCAGUGGCCGACUUGAACAUGCUGGUGAAACGCAAGAAAAGCACGACAAAAAGUGUGUCGUGA